CUAGCCGCGUCGCGUUUGGCUCGCAAGGUGGAAAGCAAACAAGCGUAGCAAACCGCUAAUGCCUAUAACGCAGAAAGUGGACGUGGAACAUGCACGACAACCGCAAAGCUCUGUUCGACUCCAAGAAGAGUAUCUUACCAGCCAUGGACUUGGAGAACUACGAAAUCGUGUUUCUGGUUGUCAUGCUGAGCAUGUUCGGCUUCAGUCUGUGGUUUCUGCUCACAACACCCUUCGAUAAUCCUCAUGUCGCCGCGCAUGAUCACGAUAUUUUCGAAGAGGUGGCGUCCAAAAUCGACCCAAAUCACCUGAUGUACAGCCCGGGCACGAUCGCGUACAGGCGAAGAACGAGAAUGGCGCUGGCGGAGGCGAUGCGUGAGGAGACUGAGGGGCGCAAUGAAGCACCAAUGGACACCACAGAAGAUAAUGCAUCGACGGGAGACGAGGAAGAAAUUGAGAAGUCGCCGUACGUCACCGCCGAGGAAAGGGCGCUGGGUAUUCUUUAA